AUGAUAUAUCUGAAUUUCGGGCGUCUUGGGGUUGAAAAUCAUUCAAGUGACGGCCGAUGGACAUUGGCUGAUCAACUGGAAGGCAACGAGGAUGAAUACAAUAAUUACCGGAGUAUGGUAGUCAAAUUUAUUAAGAAUAAGCGUGAAAUGUUUGAGCCCUUUAUUGAAGAUGAAGUGCCAUUUGAUAAAUACUGUAAGUCCAUGAGUGAGGCUGGCACUUCCGCAGGACAUAUGGAAUUGCAAGCAGCUUCUCUUGUCGCUCGUACUAACAUAUGCAUUCACAGACACAUGUCACCUUGCUGGUACAAAUCCAAUUUUGAUAAAAGUGAAGCUGGGAUGAUUCAUCUGUUGCAGUUCUUAUCAAAUUCUGAUAUUCCUCAGCAUAUUCUGAUAUUUUGGGGAAUGACUUUUCUGUUAUUCUCAGCAUAUUCCUCAUAUGCUGUAUCAAAUUCUGAUUAUCUCAAAUUAUAUCAAAAGUCUGAUGCAUAUCUUUCCUGA